GCGAGAGCCGGGCGGGGGCUGGAGCUAGGGGCCGGCAUGGCUGAAAGCUGCGCUCGGCAACCUUGAAAAGCGGCUGCGGCCCGAGGCCGAAGACAGGGAGGAGGGUACGAUGGCAGAACGCGGCCGGCGCGGCUGCGCCUGGCCGAGCCGGCUGGCUUGAGCCGCCGGAGGAGCGGGGUUGCCUCUGCGCUUCCAUGGGGCAGCGGCAACGGCGAAACUACGGAGCGCUGUGUCCCCGCGCUGCUGCCGCCGCGGACUGUUAAAGGGGCCAAGCCCCAGCGGAGCGCCGAGGGAGUAGAGCCCCGGCCCCAGCCCGCAAACCGGCGGCCCGGGGCAGCGGGGGGCGUCCGAGGGCGGAGGAGGCACGCGGAGCGAGCGCCGCGGCGGGGGGAGGCCGGCGCGGGGGGGGGGCGCCGCAAUGCCGGGCCCUCUGGGGCUGCUCUGCUUCCUCGCCCUGGGGCUGCGCGGCUCGGCCGGGCCCAGCGGCGCGGCGCCGCCUCUCUGCACUGCGCCUUGCAUCUGCGACGGUGACCGUCGGGUGGACUGCUCCGGGAAGGGGCUGACGGGCGUGCCGGAGGGGCUCAGUGCCUUCACCCAAGCUCUGGACAUCAGUAUGAACAACAUUACUCAGUUGCCAGAAGAUGCAUUUAAGAAUUUUCCUUUUCUAGAAGAGCUACGAUUGGCUGGAAACGACCUUUCUUUUAUCCACCCAAAAGCCUUGUCUGGGUUGAAAGAACUCAAAGUUCUAACCCUCCAAAACAAUCAGUUGAAAACAGUACCCAAUGAAGCCAUUCGAGGACUGAGUGCUUUGCAGUCUUUGCGUUUAGAUGCCAACCACAUUACCUCAGUCCCUGAGGACAGUUUUGAGGGGCUUGUUCAGUUGCGUCAUCUGUGGCUGGAUGACAACAGCUUGACAGAGGUGCCUGUCCAUCCCCUCAGCAAUCUUCCAACUCUUCAGGCUUUGACCUUGGCUCUCAACAAAAUCUCAAGCAUCCCCGAUUUUGCUUUUACCAACCUUUCAAGUCUGGUGGUUCUGCACCUUCAUAACAAUAAAAUUAAAAGCCUCGGUCAACACUGUUUUGAUGGACUAGAUAACCUGGAGACCUUGGACUUGAAUUACAAUAACUUGGGGGAAUUUCCUGAGGCUAUUAAAGCCCUUCCUAGCCUAAAAGAGCUAGGAUUUCAUAGUAAUUCUAUUUCUGUUAUCCCUGAUGGAGCCUUUGGUGGUAAUCCACUUUUAAGAACUAUACAUUUGUAUGAUAAUCCUUUAUCUUUUUUGGGGAACUCAGCAUUUUACAAUUUAUCUGAUCUGCAUUCCAUAGUCAUUCGGGGUGCAAGCAUGGUACAGUGGUUCCCCAAUCUGACCGGAACUGUCCACCUGGAGAGUCUGACGUUGACAGGUACUAAGAUAAGCAGAAUACCCAACGACUUGUGCCAAGAACAAAAGAUGCUCAGGACUUUGGACUUGUCUUACAACAAUAUAAAAGACCUUCCCAGUUUUAAUGGAUGCUAUGCUCUGGAAGAAAUUUCUUUGCAGCGUAAUCAGAUUCGUCAGAUAAAGGAAGGUACCUUUCAAGGACUUAUUUCAUUAAGGAUUCUAGAUCUGAGUAGAAACCUGAUCCAUGAAAUUCACAAAGGAGCUUUUGCCAAACUUGGAUCAAUAACUAACCUUGACAUAAGUUUCAAUGAAUUAACUUCAUUUCCUACUGAAGGCCUGAAUGGGCUAAAUCAACUGAAGCUUGUGGGCAACUUUAAGCUGAAAGAAGCUCUGGCAGCAAAAGAUUUUGUGAAUCUCAGGUCUUUAUCUGUACCAUAUGCUUAUCAGUGCUGUGCAUUUUGGGGUUGUGACUCUUAUGCAAAUUCAAACACAGAAGAUAGCAGCCUCCAAGACCACAGUGUGGCAAAGGAUAAAGGUAAUGCUGAUGGAGCAGGUGUCACAAGCCGGGCUGAAAAUGAAGAACACAGUCAAAUAAUUAUCCACUGUACACCUUCCACAGGUGCUUUUAAGCCCUGUGAAUAUUUACUUGGAAGCUGGAUGAUUCGUCUUACUGUGUGGUUCAUUUUCUUGGUUGCAUUGUUUUUCAACCUGCUGGUCAUUUUAACCACCUUUGCAUCUUGUACAUCAUUGCCUUCCUCCAAAUUGUUCAUAGGCCUGAUUUCUGUGUCUAACUUAUUCAUGGGCAUUUAUACCGGCAUCCUGACUUUCCUGGAUGCUGUGUCAUGGGGCAGAUUUGCUGACUUUGGCAUUUGGUGGGAGACUGGCAGUGGCUGCAAAGUAGCUGGGUUUCUUGCCGUUUUCUCUUCAGAAAGUGCCAUAUUUUUAUUAACAUUAGCAGCCAUUGAAAGGAGCUUAUCUGUAAUGAAAAAUGGGAAAAGUGGUCAUCUCAGACAGUUCCGGGGUGCUGCCCUUUGUGCCUUCCUGGUUGCUGCAGUAGCAGGCUGUUUCCCCCUUUUCCAUAGAGAGGAAUAUUCUGCAUCACCCUUGUGUUUGCCAUUUCCCACAGGGGAAACACCAGCCUUGGGAUUCACUGUAACUUUAGUGCUUUUAAACUCACUAGCAUUUUUAUUAAUGGCCAUUAUCUACACUAAACUUUACUGCAACUUGGAAAAAGAGGACCUGUCAGAGAACUCACAGUCUAGCAUGAUUAAGCAUGUUGCUUGGCUGAUAUUCACCAAUUGCAUCUUUUUCUGCCCUGUGGCGUUUUUCUCAUUUGCGCCAUUAAUCACUGCAAUCUCUAUCAGCCCUGAAAUAAUGAAGUCUGUUACUCUGAUAUUUUUCCCAUUGCCUACUUGUCUGAAUCCAGUCCUCUAUGUUUUCUUCAACCCAAAGUUUAAAGAAGACUGGAAGUUACUGAAGCACCGUAUUACCAAGAAAAGUGGAUCGGUUUCUGUUUCCAUCAGUAGCCGAGGUGGUUGUGUAGAACAGGAUUUCUCCUACGACUGCGGCAUGUACUCACAUUUGCAGGGGAAUCUGACUGUGUGUGACUGCUGUGAAUCAUUUCUUCUGACAAAGCCAGUAUCAUGCAAACACUUGAUGAAAUCACACAGCUGUCCUGCACUGACAGUGGCUUCUUGUCGAAGGGCAGAUGGCUAUUGGUCUGAUUGUGGCACACAGUCUGCUCACUCUGAUUAUGCAGAUGAGGAAGACUCCUUUGUCUCAGACAGCUCUGACCAGGUGCAGGCCUGCGGACGAGCCUGCUUCUAUCAGAGUCGAGGAUUCCCUUUGGUACGCUACGCUUACAAUCUACCUAGAGUUAAAGACUGAAUUGAUGUGUUUGUAAACAUUUCCCCCACCAACCAAAAUCACAGUGUUUAGAGAGUGAACCUUAUUCUGAUCU